AUGGCCAUACUGGUCCUGUACCAGUCGCAGCUGGCUGAGAGGCUGCAGGAAUGGGCAACUGAGAUGGACGCGGGGGAGCUACAGGCAGCCAAGGUUGUGGAGACCGAAAAGGUGGCGUUAUUAGAUGCCCCCAAUCACCGGGGUUACGGGGCUUUCCUGGGAUCCUAUCAGCUGUGGGUAGUGGUAGCUGUGAUUGGCUGUCUUCUAAUCCUGUCUCUGUGUUUGAACAUCUUGUGCUGUCUCUCCCAGUGCACCACAGGGGGCGGCAACACAUUCCUACCUCGGUUUCGUAGGAGUUUCAGUCUGAAGCUGAAGGACAUGGAAGAGAACCCCAUCUAUGGCAACAUCAACUACACACAGGGCCGGACUGAAUUCCCUCUGAACAGCUCCAGUACUAAUAGCCAACAACAGCAGAAAACCAAUCCACAGGUGGACUCUAGAAGAAGACAGGACUGUUAUGCCAACCUGCAGCUGAAGGCUCCAAAACCGCAGUCCGGCCGCAACUCUCCUCAGAUCCAGUACUCUGACGUAAUGACUCUGCCACGGGUCAAACUGGGCCCAGAGUCUGGUUGGAGCCAGAACCAGGAGCCUGCCCACCCAGCAGAAGACACUACUUCCCUCCACUCAGACCUGUACGCCUCAGUGGAGUCUGAGAGGGUCAAAGCCAUCUCUGAGAACAAGGACUACGCCAACCGCAUCUGAAUAUGAACAACAGCUGGUCAUAUAUAUCUGAAUAUGGACCACAGUUAGUCAAGAACACCUGAAUAGGGACCACAGCUAGUCAAGCACAUCUGAAUAUGGACCAUAGCUAGUCAAGCGCAUCUGAAUAUGGACCAUAGCUAGUCAAGCACAUCUGAAUAUGGACCACAGCUAGUCAAGCACAUCUGAAUAUGGACCACAGCUAGUCAAGCACAUCUGAAUAUGAACCACCGCUGGUCAUACACAUCGGAAUAUGAACCACAGCUAGUCAAGCAAAUUUGAAUAUGGACCACACCUGGUCAUAUACAUCGGAAUAUGGACCACAGCUGGUCAUAUACAUCUGAAUAUGGACUACAGUUAGUCAAGCACACCUGAAUAGGGACCACAGCUAGUCAAACACAUCUGAAUAGGGACCACAGCUAGUCAAGCACAUCUGAAUAUUGACCACAGCUAGUCAAGCACAUCUGAAUAUAGACCACAGUAGGGCAACCAAUCUUCUCUUAUAUUACAUUCAUCAGUGAGACAGAGAAGAGGACAGUACCAACCUCAGCUGAAUAUGGAUCACAGCUACUCACUGUAGAUAUGAACUGAACCAGCCUUCUCUUAUAUUACAAUCUUCAUGUAGUCUGAGACCACUUUUUAUAUACCUGAACUGGAUUUUUUUAAACUGAACUGAUACUGCAGAUAUGGACUGCCACAAUACAUCUUUUAUAUUAUAUUCUGUAAUCUGUGAAGCUGUUUCUUGAUGAUUAUGAAUCUCUGAAUAUGAGCUGCAAGCAUAUGCUGGAUUGACUGCAGUCACGCAACUCUUAUAUUGACUGACCCGAGAAGAGUUAUCUGUUACGAGUUUCUAGCUGACUGACAGACUUCAAAGCAAUUUCAUCUUGGUCUGUCUGCCGUGAAUGGAAACAAACAGGACUGACUUCAAAACCCUUUCAACUGCAGAGGGCGACUGAGGUGUCUUAUAUUACCUGAGCAAAUAAACUGCAGCUCAUUUUAUUAUGAGGCCCAUACAGAUUAUUGAUCAUAAUCUCCCGUCCUGAUUUCAAUAUGAAAAAGGAAAAGCUGUUAUCUGACUAUAACCUGAGAAAAUGAAGUGUUAAUUAAUAUGGAAAAGAAUGCUGGAGAUUGAAAAUGAUAUGAUGUCACCAUACCGGUACACAGAGAUUGCCAGAUAUAUUGUACGAUACAAGAAACAAUAUAUAGUAUGUUGCAAAAUAUAUUUCAAAAGUAUGGAUUUCAAUAUGGUGAUAAAUACAUGAAAAGCAGCAGCUCUUUAUUGUCCCAUAUAUUACACUAUAUAUUUGAUGAUACAGGCAUUAAAAGCAUCAUCCUACAUCUUGUUAUAAUAAUGUAUAUAUAAAUGUAAAACUAGUAAUAAAGUGAAAAAUAAAAUAAAAAACACACACCAAUCAUGUGCUGCCGGUAUAUUAGAAUACGGGACCAUCAGGUAGU